CACACAUCGGAAAGCAUCGCCCGGCUGCCAGGAUGUUUUCAUAAUGCGCAUCACACGUGGUUCAUAACCGCAAUAUCUACCAGCUGAGGGCAAUGAGAAACUCGCCCAAGGAGGAACGAGAAAGAAUCCGUAAACCUUCCGUAGGUGGGACGCGCGCGAGGGUUUUAAUGCAGAGCACGAGACGAUUUCAAAUUGUAUCUCGAGCGCAUUGCCACAGAUAGAAACGUAGCGCUCGUCGUUGUUCAGCAAUUAUCGUACUCGGAAACGUUCCCCUGGUGUGUCUUCAACAGAGGAGAGGGGAUUGCCGAGCAACAUAAAUGUCUCAACAUGCAAAUAACCCUCUACUGUGAAAGUUUGUCGUCUUCUACGAGAGGAGAUACAGAGCUCGAGUCCACACACGGAAGACACACGUCUAUCUAGCGUUGGAUUGUUUCUCAUUCGCGUCUUCAAAAUGAAGAGAAGGCAAAAACGCGUUCUGCAGAUGGCAUUUCUAUUCAUGGUGGCUUUAAUUUUUCUGCCAAACGUCGGCCUUUGGUCAAUGUACAGAGAGAAGAGCCUUAUGAAGUCGCAUGAGCCAGGAGAGCAGGGCUUCCCAUUGGGCUUAAAUGAAGUACACAUUUAUACCUGGACAGACGGUUUGAGAAGAAGAGACUGGCAUGACAACGAGAGCAUCAGGAAAGACAGCCAACGUGUUGGAAAAGGGGAGCAUGGGAAACCGUAUCCGCUCGCAGAGGAUGAGUGUGAUGACUCCGUAUACAAAGAGAAUGGCUUCAACAUCUACGUCAGCAACAAUAUCGCUCUGGACCGCUCCCUUCCUGACAUCAGACAUCCAAACUGUAAGCAGAAGCUGUAUCUUGAAAACCUCCCAAACACCAGUAUUAUCAUCCCGUUCCAUAACGAAGGUUGGUCCUCUCUGCUUAGAACCAUCCACAGCAUCACCAACCGCACACCCGACCACCUGAUCGCAGAGAUCAUACUGGUAGAUGACUACAGUGACAAAGUGAACUUGGAGGCAAAGCAGACACUUUUUACCGAAGCAACUUACAUUGAUUUCAAGAGCACUGCUAAAGUGGAAGCUCUGCUGGUGUCUCUAGCUGCCAGCCUUGCUCUUCUUGAAGAUAAGCAUUUCCACCACGUCUCACUCUCUGCAAAAGAGGCCUUCCUGGGCACUCAUUAA